AUGCCGCUGGAAGUCUCUGGCCCUGACCCUGGUGGGCUGCUGGUGGUCUCUGUCUGGAGAGAUUUGGGUUUCCCCUUUGGUCAUUUUGUCUUCCUUCCUGGGCAGGAUCUUCUCCCCUUAGCCUUCACUGCCCUCGUCUCCAGCGGAGUCUCUCCUCACCUGAAGAUGAUGGCCAUGACGUUGCUGGCUCUCCUGGGCACGGCACUCAUCGCAGAAGCCUCCGUGGCUUUUCCCGCCAACUUGCAGGUUGGGGACAUCAACGAGAAGGUGAACCUGACAUGCGACGCCCCGGCAGGGCAGCGGGUGAGCUGGGAAGUGGAGGACGGCGCCCUGGUGGAGAUGGAGGAGCUGCCGCCCUGGGGUCACCUGCUGCGCGUCGGCCCGCUGGACCUCGCCUCCGCCCGCAACUACACCUGCCGGGGAGCUGCAGGACAGGUGCUGCGCAGAACCUUCCUGGCUGUGCGCGACCCGGACUUCCCCCUCUUCGUCCGAAAAGCUGGAAAGGCAGAAGCUGAGGUGACCUGCGAGGCGCCGUCCUACAGGGGCACCUUCAGCUGCUGGUGGAAGACUCAGCACCCAGCCGCCUUCCGUGCCCGCCUGCGCCCCCCAGGACCUCUCGCUUCAGGACCCCCCCUCCCUCUUAGCGUCACAGGACUGGAACAGCCCCUCCAGGCUCCUUACUGGCUUCUCUGUCUCCGCAGAGGACCGGGCUCUGCGCGCUGCCCCGCAAGAGAAGUGUCUGCCUCUCCGGGCGAGGUGCGCCUCCUGCUGGAGGACUGCUCCUCCCCCUGCCCUUUCGGGGAGAAGACGGAGCUGGAGCUGGCGCUGGAGGGGCUGGGCGAAGACGGCAGCUACGAGGCUCUCCGGAGGGACGUCGCCAUCCAGGACAUCGUGAAGCCAGACCCGCCAGAGAAGCUGACCAUCCACAAGGAGUCGGGGGCAAAGCUGAAGCUCAGCUGGGCUCCCCCGGCCUCUUGGCACUGCGCCUCGGCCUACUUCCCUCUGCGCUACCGCCUGAAACUGGAACAUUACGACGGCACCCAGAAGGAAGUCAGCAGCGACCAGCUGGAGGAAACCGUCCAAGAUGCGGAGGCUGUGCAUCGUGCAAAGAUUCGCUGCCAGGAUCCUUUCACCAGCUCCAUGUGGAGCCUGUGGUCCCCUGGGUCACCCUCCGCUGAGGACGCCUGGGGGGACGCUGCUGCUGCAGCCUCUCUUGGGGGACCCAGCCAGAGGCCUCUCCACAGCAGCCGCCUUGCAAGCCUCUCCAGUGAGCUUCAUCUUCCUCCUCUUCCUCUGCUUCUGCACCUCUCCUUUCAGUUGGGGGGCUACUGGUGGGGCAGAAUGGAGCCUUGUCUCCAUCUUGAUGCCUGAGAGGUGUGUUUUCAGAAGCCUGUUCCUGGGGCUGCAAUCUGUUUCAACUGUUUUUAAUCCUGAAUCUUAAAUCCAUUCAUUCAUUUAUAAAUACAGUGGUACCUCGAGUUAAGUACUUAAUUCGUUCCGGAGGUCU